CGUGCUGUCUGCCGCUCCUCGGUCUUUAACAACCACCACCUACAAAACUCCGAGACCUCUCCUCUCGUGCUGCGACGAGAAACGAGUUUUCGUUCUCUUUGCCCGUCGGGAAAAAAAGCCCGAGCGUGCACUAGAGUAGACAGAGCACGCGUGUGUGUUGCUGCCGGUACCCAACAACGACGAUCGACGACAAACCAAACCAUCGGCUCGGCGGAUUUUCGAGUCUUUCCUCCCACUUUCGGAAGCUGUUUUGUCUUUAAGUAACGACGGUUGUUCCGUGAAAACAUGGCCCGGAUCGCGCUAUACCUGGCGGCCGUGAUGCUGAUCACCUUUGCCUGCCUGUCGGCGCUCGCUAGCGCAGACCACCACGAGCCGAAGAAGCACCGCUCCGAGAAGAAGGCGCACAGCGAAUUGGAGGGCAGCGACACCUGGCGCAAGUUGCACAAGUCCAACAAGCACAGCAAGGAGCGUUUCCACCACCACGAGAAGCACGGCGGCGAGAAGGAGCUGAAGAACAUCCAGAAGCACGCCCUGGGCUCAGUGUCGCGGCACGAGGCUAGCCUGCAGGGCGACACCCUGGUCAACCACCGGGCGGCCCACAGCAAGCGCCAGCGGGACCCACACAGCACCGACAUCCACCUUCAAGACCUGGCCCACCCCGCUGGACAACACCACGGCCGGAACGGCGCGGGAGGCCAUGCCCAGCCACACCACGAGAGGCUGACGCACGCCGGCAAGCCGUCCAAGCACUCAGAGUCCAAGCGGAGCCAUGACAAGCCGCAGCAGCACGAGCGCCACUACACGGUGUCGAUGCCCGUCCGCUCGGGACACCAGAUUCACCGGCCCGUGGCGCACCACAUCAAGGAGGCCGAGGAGUCGCCGCGCCCCUACCGCCUGCACACCAACAGCCGCGCCCGGGCAGCGUUGCGCUAUGCCAAGCAGAGCCGACGCGUUCACAAGGACUUGGGCAAGGAGCGCAAGUUCAAGAAGGCCUUCGAGAAGAAGCAGCAUUCCAAGCCCCACUACCUCUGGUAAAGGGGAUGAA